AGCCACGAAGGGAACUCCCUAACUUGUAUUUUUCUGAUCAUGAACACAUCUCACCAUCGCUUCAAACGCCUGCAGGCUUGCCCGGAUUUGUAUUCCUAAAUGCCCGCUCAAGUAGUGGGGGUCCGACUUUCAGCGCUUGGGGGCGCCAGACCAGGAGUCCUGCUGGAGGUUUGCAUCCGGGUGCGGGAGGCAGGGACUGCUCUGGGAAGACACGUCUUGGGGGACCCUCAGAGCCCCAAGUGGCCCAGACCCGCCGGGCCGUGGGAGACCGAGGAGGGGCCAGGGAUGGGGGCGGUGAGCCGGAGACAGCAGUAGCCGAGCAAGCAGCAUACUUAAGGGCCGAGGAGAGGCGAGGGUUCUGGAGGAGCCGCUGUCGCCCGAACCCCGACGCUCCUGGAAGCCUUGCCCCCACUCCCUGCUCAGCUCCAGCUCCCUCGCUUCCCAGGCCCCUUCCGGUGGACGCGCUUCUCGUGCACCCGCAGAAGCGCACGGGGCUGAGGAGCAGCCGCAUGGAGGAGGAGUUGGCGUGGAAGACCGAUGGCCUGCUUCCUCUGGAGAGGCAGCUCCACGAGGCUGCCCGCCGGAACCACGUCAGGAGGAUCACGGAGCUGAUCGGGAGGAGAGUCAACCUCAGGGCCAGAAACCAUGUGGGCCAGGUGGCCCUGCACUGGGCUGCGGGCGCAGGGCAUGAGCAGGCUGUGCGGCUGCUCCUGGAACACGAGGCUGCUGUAGAUGAUGAGGAUGCGUUUGGGAUGAACGCGCUUCUCCUUUCUGCCUGGUUCGGCCACUUGCAGAUCCUCCAGAUCCUGGUCAACUCCGGGGCCAAGAUCCACUGUGAGAACAAGGAUGGCCUGACCUUACUGCACUGUGCAGCUCUGAAAGGCCAUGUGCCUGUGCUGGCAUUCAUAAUGGAGGACCUGGAGGACGUGGCCCUGGACCAUGCUGAUAAGCUGGGAAGGACAGCAUUUCACCGGGCUGUGGAGCAUGGGCAGCUGGGUGCUCUGGAUUUCCUCGUGGGCUCUGGCUGUGACCACAGUGUCAAAGACAAGGAGGGGAACAUGGCCCUUCACCUGGCUGCCGGCCAGGGCCACCUGGCUGUGCUGCAGCGACUCGUGGACAUAGGGCUGGACCUGGAGGAACAGAACGUGGAAGGUCUGACUGCUCUGCAUGCAGCUGCUGAAGGGAUCCACCCCGACUGUGUGCAGCUCCUCCUGGGGGCUGGGAGCAGCGUGAAUGCCCUCACCCAGAAAAAGCAGAGCUGCCUCCACUAUGCAGUCCUAGGUGGCUCUGAGGACAUGGUCCGGGCCCUCCUCCAUGCAGGAGCCAGCACCAGCGUGGCUGAUCAUCAGGGCGCCUCUCCUGUGCACCUCGCUGUGAGGCACAACUUCCCCAUCCUGGUGCAGCUCCUCAUUGAUGCUGGCAGUGACCUGGAUGCCACCGACAAUAGGCAGCAGACGCCCCUUCAUCUUGCAGCCGAGCACACCAGGCAGGACAUAGCGGAGAUGCUUCUCAUCGCUGGAGUUAACUUAAACCUGAGAGAUAAGCAAGGAAAAACUGCCCUAGCAGUGGCUGCCCGCAGCAACCACAUCAACCUGGUGGACAUGAUCAUAAAAGCUGAUCGCUUCUACAGAUGGGAGAAGGACCAUCUCUCGUACAGGGACCCCUGUGGCCCCUCUGGGAAGAGCUUGACCUUUAAGCAGGACCAUCGACAGGAAAUGCAGCAGCUCCGCUCUGUACUGUGGCGACUGGCCUCCAGGUACCUGCGGCCCCAUGAGUGGAAGAAGCUGGCAUAUCACUGGGAGUUCACCGAGGCCCAUGUCUACGCCAUGGAGCAACAGUGGACAGGUACCAAGAGCUACCAGGAACACGGCCACCGGAUGCUGCUUAUCUGGCUGCAUGGCGUGAUCAUGGCUGGUGAAAACUCCAGCAAAGCACUAUUUGAGGGCCUCGUGGCCAUUGGCAGGAGGGACCUGGCUGAAAGCAUCAGGAAGAAAGCCAGCGAUGACCUGAGCGCCCCAAGGAGGUGCACAGCCAUGUAACUGGAGGGACUGGAUCUUCGGGAGCCACAUGGGACCUCAGAGUAGGGGGCACUGAACAAAGGAGGAUCACCAUUUAAGGGCUUUAAAAAAAAAAUCACUGCAAACAGACCUCCAUCUGCCUCCACUGAAGUUAAGAGUCAUGCAGGACCACCAGGUGAAUCUUUGAAAUCUUUUUCACAAGGAUUGGCUCAGCGGUCUGUCUCAGGUUUGGCUGAUAAUUUCUUCCCAGGUAUGAUCCUUUGCAGCUCUCACAGCGCACUUUCAUCUCCAGCAUCUCAUUGGAGCCUCACGGCAGUCCCCUGAGAAGCUGGGCUCAGGGUGGAUAAGCAGCUAAUCAGGUGGUGAGGUCAGGGGUCAAACUCAGUAUUCCUAUCUUCCCAAUCUGAUGAAGGGCUCCAUCCGUCAUUUACAGAAGGGACCACCCUUAAUUUAGUCCCUGGCUCUUAUGAAUGCUGUCCUUACUCCAUAGCUGUUUCUAUUCACAGCUUGUUGGUGCGCUUCAACGAUUCCAGGAGGCAAGCACUCUCAUUUUUUCCCUUUUUUAAAAAACACAUUUUUUUACGAUUAAAACUUUUAAUUUUGAGAUCAUUUCAGACUUAACAAAAAAGUUGCAGAAAUAGUACAGAGAGGAGUUCCCGUCGUGGUGCAGCGGUUAACGAAUCUGACUAGGAA